AUGGUAGCCCAUUUCCAUGAUAUAUAUUAUGCUGCUAAGGCAACCCUGUUGUUGUCAGAAGCUGAUAUCAAGGAAAUUAGAGAAUCAAGAGAACGCCUUCAGCAAGGAGUUAUUUUAUUUUCCUCUGGUCAGCCUGUUUUGGAUGAGAAUUCCCAAACUAAUAAGUUAGAACAGAUUGAGUCAAGUAUAUAUAGCCAAGUGUUAUUUUAG